GUGUAUCAUCAGCACAUUUUGAGACCUCGUUGGUUGUAUUAAAACAGCAUCUCUUGCACAAUGCCUGGCGGACGCCCUACUACCAGGCAGCGCCUCGUUUCUAACGAGAAUGACGAGAACAGCGGCUCGACGCGUGUGACGCGGGCCACGCGGGCCAAGGCUGCCGCCCUCAAUGUUGACGAGCUCUCGCUCCCGUCCAAGGCGGCCCUGCAGUCGAAGAAGUCUACCGUCAACGCCAAUGCCCAAGCCGGACAGCGCAGGCGUGCUGCUCUUGGCGAUGUCAGCAAUGUUACCAAGGUUGAUGUGGAUGCGAAGAAGGUCGUUGCCGGCAAGACUGGGCUUGUAUCCAAGGCUGCCCAGCCCAGUGGUAUCCAGAAGAAGACUACUACAACCAGCACCACCCGAACAGCUCUGGGUUCCAAGGAGAUCAACAAGAAGGUCGAGCCAAAACGCUCUGGAUCUGGCUCGGGUGCCAUUGGGGCCGUUCAGAAGAGAAAGGUGUUGGCAUCCACAUCCAACACCAAGGAAGGAGUGACACCUGAGGAGGGUGAACCUCGUCGCAAGAAGGUGCACACCGCAGAACCCGAGAAACGGUCCUCUAAGUCGGAGGAGAUCGCAAGCAACGUGUUUGUUCCAGAGGCUCCCUCGGCGGUCGAGUUUCCGCCCGGUGUUAGAGACCUCGACAGCGAAGACCUCGAAGACCCGUUGAUGGUUGCUGAAUACGCCAAUGAAAUCUUUGAAUACCUGCGCGAUCUCGAAUGCAACUCGGUCCCAAAUCCUGAGUACAUGUCUCACCAGGACGACCUCGAGUGGAAGACCAGAGGCAUUCUUAUUGACUGGCUCAUUGAGGUGCACACCCGUUUCCAUCUCCUGCCCGAGACCCUCUUCCUGGCCGUCAAUGUCAUCGAUCGCUUCCUCUCGGAGAAGGUUGUCCAGCUCGACCGUCUGCAGCUUGUCGGCAUCACUGCCAUGUUCAUCGCGUCCAAGUACGAGGAGGUACUCUCGCCGCAUGUCGCCAACUUCCGUCACGUUGCAGAUGAUGGCUUCACCGAGUCCGAAAUCCUCAGCGCCGAGCGUUUCAUUCUCAACACUCUCAGCUAUGACUUGAGCUAUCCGAACCCCAUGAACUUCCUCCGUCGCAUCUCCAAGGCAGACAACUACGAUAUCCAGACCCGGACUGUUGGCAAGUAUCUUACGGAGAUCAGCUUGCUUGACCACCGUUUCAUGGCCUAUCGUUCAAGCCAUGUUGCUGCUGCGGCCAUGUACUUGGCCCGUUUGAUCCUAGAUCGGGGCGAUUGGGACGAGACUCUUUCGUAUUACGCUGGAUACACCGAGGAAGAUAUUGAGCCCGUCUUCCAGCUCAUGGUUGACUACCUCGCUCGACCCGUUGUCCACGAGGCCUUCUUCAAGAAGUACGCGAGCAAGAAGUUCCUCAAAGCCUCCAUCCUGACUCGCCACUGGGCAAAGAAGAAUGCCCACAUCUACGGCAUUGCUGAUACCCACCUCUCCCUCGACCAAAUCUCAUAGAGAUGUGGUCUUAUCUCUCCGUCCCGGCACCGGGAUAGACGGCCACCACUUCUAUCAGGAUCUUGUUGACUCAGGAUACACACCACAGCAUAA